UACCAACGGGACAGAAGCAGCUGAAGGCUUAUAACAAAUUUUGUAAACAAUAAAAAUAUAAAUACAUUGCACGCAAUGAGAUCCACCGAUGGUCAGUCUAUCGCUCAACGAUAUCGGGUCAUUAACAACAACAAGAAAUUGAAAGUAACACACAGAGCCGUUGCACCAUCAGUUCAUAAAAUGGGUAACAAACGAUUUACCCAAACAAAGUUGAAGCAGAGAAAUCUUUUGCCUGAAUCAGAAGACUACCAGGAAGACGACAUGUCCCAACUGAGUGAUAUGGAAUUUGUGACAGAAUCAGAGAUGGAACAGACCGACAAUGAAAAAGAUGCACUGAAGACAUUGACAUCCACGAUUCGACCGCUGCUUCAACUCUUUUCCGACGAUUCCUGCUCACCUAGAAAUGCAGAUCACAAUACAACAUUUCAGGAUGCAAAACAGAAAACCCAACAGAUUGUUUAUAAGAAUAUCAAUCUUUCGUCUGAAGAAGAUGAUGAAGAGGAAGAAGACGGGGAUGAAGUGGAAGACAAAUCAAUAUUACAAGAUGAACAUAAUGCAUUUGUGAUUGACGAAGCCCCAAGUAUACCAGAACAUAAACCAAUCCGCCCAAGGUUGGACAGCCUCAGUCGAUUUGAGUGGUCGCCAAAAUCAACAAACAUUUUCCUAGAUCUGUGGGAAAAGCAUUUAAAAGACUUACGGGGCCCACGAAAAAAUGCCCACAUACACAAAGAAAUGGCCGAGGAAAUGAGCGAAUAUGGGCCUAGUCAUAAAGAGAUCAAAUCAAAAAUGGACAAUAUGUCUAGGAAAUUCAGACUAGAAAUGCAGAAAGUUAAAGCUGGGAAUCCUACGAAUUGGCAAUAUUUUAAACGAGUUCAAUCUCUGCUAAUUGGAACGCCCUCUGUAGAUUUUGAGGAAAUCAUAUUCGAUAAUACGGAUUCCUCGACAUUUUUCAAUGCGGACAGUAGUGAUGAAGAAAAUCAUAUCCAUAGCAAUUCCCAUCAGGAUAGAGAACCAGAGCAGCAACCUAUGCCCACAGACGAGACUGAGCACGCCGAUGGAGAAGAGGUAGAAGAGCAAGACCAGGCAGAUGAGAAAGUAGGGCGACCUCCGUCAAAUUUACGAAGAUCAGAUAGAGACAAUUAUUAUCACGCAACAAGAACUGAUCCAACAAGUCGUAUGUUGGAUAUUGAAGAAGAGAAAUUAGCCAUUGAGAAACAAAAAUUACAGGUCAUGAAACAUAUAUCCCGAGAGCUAACAUCGAUAAGUAAAACGCUAAUUGAAUUGCUGCGGAAUGCAAAAUAAUAGAAUAAAGUUUAC